AUGAGUUCUUCCGCCUUAAUUGAGCUGUCUUUUUUGAGUGGGAAUAUUCGCGAUUGGUGGCUGAAAGCUGUUUCGUCGUCAUCAUCAUCGUCCACGUCGGCCAAUGUGGACCAUAACCGUGCUCCACCACCGGUGCCCGAAAAAAGUGCUGGUUAUAGGUCGUUAAUAGAUUCCGGAGGCUACAAGUCGAUUUUGCCGGAUGAACCACCCUUCACAGUCGCAUCGCUUUCAAAUUUUGCAGUAACUCGGUCGUUAAUAGAUUCCGGAGGCUACAAGUCGAUUUUGCCGGAUGAGCCACCCUUCACAGUUGCAUCGCUUUCAAAUUUUGCAGUAACUCGAGAGAAUGCUGGAUAUACCGUCACGGUAGUGACCCAUAAGUUCACCAAAGUGAUCUCCUUCCGUUCUCCUGUAACGUUCAACACCAGUAGAAGUAAUGUUUUUGAUGUAUGUGGAAAACCAACAGUGCAAGUGCAUCCGAUGCCAUCGAGCCUGCCACAUAGCGUUAGCAGCAGCAGUAUUCCUUCGAUGCAUCCUGCCUCAUGCACAACAACCAACAAUAACAAUCCGGAUAUUGUUCCGGAGAAAGUGCGCGAGAAGCCAGCUGUACCAAAGAAGCCCGCAAAACUGAUUUUAUCAUCAGCCUCCGUUGAAGCUGCCUCGUUGACACCGCUGAAUCUGAGCACAUCAAGCCUCAAUUUGUUCUCACCAUCCGCCCAAUCUUCGCCCUCCACUAGUAGCAGCUUUCGGUUAUUUUCAAGUCCCUCAUUUGUAUGCCUUCAUAGUGCCCUGAUGGAACCAAGUUUAACGGAUGAAGAAAUUGAACGGCUUGAUGCUAAACGCAAGCAGGUAAGGCUCGAUCUUUGGUUUUGA